CUAUUCAAUUAACUUGCGUCGUAGCCUGUGUUUGUGAACUCAUUUUCUGUUGUGAGCGUUCGCAGACGGAGCUAAACCACUCGUGAGGAAAUUCACAUCUGUCAGCGAAACGAAACAAACCACACAGGGAAACAAGCGCGUCGUGCAAACAACUUUUUAAGAAUUGCUUAACAUUUCAAGUGAUUUGUGACGUUUUAGGGAUUUUUCUCUGAAGAAAACGCGGUGCUGUCCAUAGAAUGCAUUAUUGUUUUUCGCCUCUUAUUUUUGGAGAGGUGCGAAUCACUAUUUUGGGCAGGUGAAAGCUCUGACUGUGCAUGGCUUUGAUGAGCGGGCUUAUGUUUCUCAGUACUGGCUGUCUUUUUAUAUAAGAAAAUAGGUACUGGAUCCAAGACCAGAGACAAACUAAUCAAGUAUGCGCUUAACUGGAGUAGCCUACACAGGCGAGGUGUCCCUUGGAUCACCGCCGGGAUUACUGUCGUAAUGUUCAAUACUUCGGACGUCGAUCACACUUUCAAUAAGAGAGAGGAUGUUUCCGAAGUUAUCAAUGGCACUCUCGAGCUUGUCUACAACGUCACCGCUGAUCCUACAGUCAUGUGGAACGAUACGUGCGGGGAGACACUACUUGAUUUCGGCAGUGGAGAGAAGAUAAUUAUCGGAGUGAUGUUGGCUAUCAUCACAGCAGUCACUGUGAUGGGAAACACAUUGGUUGUCAUAGCGGUUUGCGUGGUGAAAAAACUAAGACAACCAUCAAACUAUCUUCUUGUGUCUCUGGCCGUGGCAGAUCUCUCCGUGGCAAUAGUUGUAAUGCCGUUUGUUAUAGUGACCGACCUAACUGGAGGCAAGUGGCUUUUUGGGGAGGUGUUUUGCAACAUCUUCAUUGGUAUGGAUGUAAUGUGCUGCACAGCCUCCAUCAUGACCCUGUGCGUGAUCAGCGUUGACAGGUAUCUGGGAAUCACCCGGCCCCUCACAUACCCAGCCAGGCAGAACGGUCAGCUGAUGGCCAAGAUGAUCCUGGGGGUGUGGUUGGUGUCCGCCUCCAUCACCCUGCCCCCCUUCUGUGGCUGGGCCAAGAAUGUCCACACGGGCGGCGUGUGCCUCAUCAGCCAGGACUUUGGCUAUACCAUCUACUCCACGGCAGUGGCCUUCUACAUCCCCAUGCUCGUCAUGCUCUUUAUGUACUACAAGAUCUUCAGGGCCGCCCGCAAGAGCGGUCUGAAGCACCGCUUCACCGACUUUGCCCGGCGGGAGCGGCUGGAGACAGUGGCCAGUGAGGCGCUGAGGAUGCAGGGCCUGAAGCCGCAAGGUGUGGCCGAGGAGUGUGCGGCGCUAUCCCGUCUGCUGUCCCGUGAGCGCCGCAACAUCUCCAUCUUCAAAAGGGAGCAGAAGGCAGCCACUACGCUGGGGGUGAUCGUCGGUGUGUUCUCUGUCUGCUGGCUGCCCUUCUUCAUCCUGUCCACAGCUAGGCCCUUCAUCUGCGGGGUGGAGUGCAGCUGCGUGCCCAUCUGGCUGGAAAGGUUCCUCCUCUGGCUGGGUUAUGCCAACUCCCUCAUGAACCCCUUCAUCUAUGCCUUCUUCAACCGGGAUCUGCGCUCCACAUACAAGGACCUGCUACGAUGCCGCUACCGCAACAUCAACCGACGCCUGUCCGCCGUGGGCGUGCAUGAGGCCCUCAAGGUGUAGGAGGAAGAGGACAAGGAUGAUGAGGAGGAGAGUUUGGGGCCCCAGAAGCGUCCAAGGAAUUUUAAAUGCCGUCCUUAUUGCAAAAACUACUGGGAAGUGCAGUUUCUGUGGUUGUAUAAUGGAAGCUUAGAGGGAUGACCUGUGACCUGGCAGUAGUAUUGUAGAUAAAGACAGAUAAAGACAGAGGCUGACUGUUACUUCCUCUCUAACCCACUGCAGAGGCACAGAGAUAAGGCCAUUCCUUAGGUCUGUGUCUGUGUGACUCGCUCAGUCAUUCUAUUUUGGGACCCAAAACCAUGGACCGUAUUUGACGGGCUAUUCAAGUUGACACUGGCUUUGUGCAUAUGCUACACAGUCCUGACUUCAUAUUCAUGUCUGGUGGAUGGUGCAUUGACUGGGGAAAUGACAUGCGGACCCAGGCGAUAAUUCUGGGUCAUUCAAAGCAUGGGCUGCGAAUAGAUUUCUGCAAUAAUUCUGGGUCAUUCAAAGCAUGGGCUGCGAAUAGAUUUCUGCAUGAUGAUAUUUGCCAAAUUGAUGCUUGAGCAAGUGGGUGCCAGUGGCUAUUGAUUUAAACCAAUGAAGGUCACGGAAUCGGUAUCUACAUAACUGUUUCCAGUUCAUCUUGUCUGUGGUACAGUAGGUGAUGAUGGUGAACAAUUGAAAAUGGUCUGUAUAGGUAUAUGUGAAUCUAUUACUUUGUGGAGGCAGUUAAGUGUUUUCUGUUUACCAACAAAAACACUGCAGAACAGAGGGGUAUACUACAAAGCAGGAUCAAGGAGCCUGAAUAUUCUGAAAAUGUUGAACGUUUUCAGAAAGAUUAUCUUGAAAUUGCCAUUGUCUCAUUGACUCAACAACCAAAAACACAUACAUGUAUCUAUGUUUAGCUUUUUUAAUGAACCAGAAAAUCAUCUGUUAUUUGUCGUUGUUUAUCAAAGUUAGCUGGCUAACUCACUGAAUCUGCUUUGUAGUAUACACCUCAGAAGGCACCUUUUGCGUUGUCAUUUUAUUUCCAGACAUGCCUUUGACUGUCAGUUUCUCCAUUCAAUCAUUGAAUAGAAUACAUUGAUCUCUGCUGGCCAACAUCACUUAGCUAUUAAAGAGUUAACUACAAAGUCAACCCAAGUGACACACACAGAUACAAGGGACACACACACAGACCCAAGGGACACACACACACAGACCCAAGGGACACACACACAGUACAUGGCAAAGAUAGUAUAUUACUUUUGAAUAUAAAUCGUAAUGCAAAUGAAAGCCAACAAACAAAAGUUAAUCUUUCAAUGUUACCACAAAGCACCUGAGGGUAGCAAAUAUGACAAGCCUGUGAUUUGAAGUGAUUUAAUGGGUAAGAGAAAAAAGAGAUGGUACAACAAGUAGGCCUAAUGGUUAGCGCCUGAGAAUGUACUGUAACUAGAAACAAAUUAUCUCUGAGAAUGUACUGUAACUAGAAACAUAUUAUCUCUGAGAAAUGCCCAUUUACAAAAUCCACAGGAACCCUCACUAUUUCAGAAAACAAAACUCUUCAUUUGGCAUUCAUUGUUCAGUGGAGUCUGCAUUGAAACUUGCAUCUGUCUAACAUGCUAUGCAUUAUCCAUGGAGGAACAGAAUGUUGUGCAUAGUAAAUCUGACAUACAGUACAUAUGUAGGAUCUUAAAACCUUUUACUGCAGUGGACUAAAACAGGGUCACACAGAGUGUUUCUUGGUAGUCUUAAACAAAUCUACUUUGAAACAAAAGUAUACACCUCACACACAUGGUUAUGGGCUUAAAAAAGAAGACACCUGUACCAUGUCAGAUAUAGAUCAUGUUUUAAAUGUACACUUUAUAACAUCACAGAAGACUGAAAUAUAACAAAAGCUUUGACAUAGAAACACACGUCGUUUAAAAAAAAAGAUGUUUCUUAAUUAUGAAAUUAUGAAAACUAUGAA